AUUUGCUCCGUAAUUCUCUUCCAUUUCUCCAUUGUUAAUUGUUCAUCGCGUUAUUACUCACAGGAUUUUUAAGUAUGUUCUCCAGCACCCAGUUUGAUUCCGGCAGCGGAUUUACCUCUUCUCAGACCAAUGACUCCUCUUCAGCGAAGAGUCGAGAAUCUCCGGGCUUGGUUCCGGUAACUGUGAAACAGAUCAGUGAAGCUUCACAUUCUGGCGAAGAGAAGGCCAACUUUGUAAUCAACGACGUCGAUAUAACAAACGUUACAAUCGUUGGAAAGGUCUCUGAGAAAGCUGAAAGGAAUACGGACAUCACAUUCACUGUAGACGAUGGAACAGGAACAAUUGGUUGCAAAAGAUGGGUAAACGACACUUUUGACACCAAGCAAAUGGAGGAAAUACAAGAUGGAAUGUACGUUCGGGUGAAUGGGCAUUUGAAAAUGUUCCAAAGCAACAAGCAAAUAUUUGCAUUCUCCGUUAGGCCUGUUACAAACUUUGAUGAAAUUACCUUCCACUUUCUUGAAUGCAUACAUGACCACUUGCGGAAUUCCAAGUUACAGAAUCUCAAAGGCGAUGGAUCAACACAGCUCCAAACCGCAGAUUCAAUUGUGAAGACUCCAGUGCAGAAUGGCUCGAGUGGAUAUCAUACAACAUCUUCAGCAAUACCAUCUGAGCAGCACACUGUUGAUGUUAAAAAGAGCUGUGAUGAAUUGGUUCUCGACUAUCUGCAGCUGCCCUCCAGCGUUGCAAAAGAAAGAGGGAUACACAGAGAUGAACUUUCCCAACAACUGAAAAUUCCAAUGGAGAAAAUACUGGAUUCCAUAAGGUCUCUUGAAGAUGAAGGUUUGAUAUAUUCCACCAUAGAUGAGUUUCAUUUCAAGUCUGCUGCAUAGAACUAAUCAUGACUUUAUUAGUUUCUUUUUUUUGGUUGCAUUGCUAUGCGAUAGGUGUGGUUUAGACAGACAUAUACUGCUUUGCUUAAAUUUAAGCAUCUCUCUUUUACUUGCUUGUUACAUGUGUAUAUGUAUUUUGAAGCUUCUUUCUCCUAAUUCUAAUAUUAUUAGAUUAAGCCUUAAGCACCAAUCAUAUCCCAAACGAUACACCAAUUUUAACUUUUAACUUUGGUGAUAGUUGUUUUGUAUAAUAAAAUAUUAGUUGUUGAUUA